AUGUCCUGCUACGACCUGUACCCCUCCGCUGCCUGCGGUGCCCUCCGUCCCCAGCCCCUGGCCGGCAGCGGGAACGAGCCGUGCGUCCGCCAGUGCCCUGACUCCACCACCGUGAUCCAGCCUCCCGCCGUGGUGGUCACCUUCCCCGGCCCCAUCCUCAGCUCCUUCCCCCAGGAUUCCGUGGUGGGAUCUGCUGGAGCACCCGUCCUUGCAGCCUCCGGGGCCUCCCUGGGCUAUGGGGGCUACGGGUCCCUGGGCUAUGGGGGCUACGGAUCCCUGGGCUAUGGGGGUCUCUAUGGAUAUGGGGGUUAUGGAUCCCUGGGCUACGGGGGCCUGUGGGGCUAUGGGGGUCUGGGCUCCUGUGGUGGGUACCGGGGCCUGUAUGGCUCUGGCAGAGCCUUUGGCUCUGGCUAUUGCAGCCCCUACUCCUGGUACGGCCGCUACGGCCGCGGCUUCUGGGGCUCCUGCUAA